GAUGAGUGCGGAAAGUUUAAUAACAGGUUUUCUUGGUUUGGUUCUCGUUAUUGCUUUAAUUUUCAAGUAUGCGCUCGGAUCAAAAAGUUUAAACAUUCCUGGACCGAAGAGUUUACCAAUUGUAGGGAAUAUUUUACAGAUAGAUAGAGAUAAACCACAUCUUUCCUUUAUGUCUUUUGCUGAAACUUUUGGUGAUAUUUACAAAUUGCGACUUUUUUCAACAAACAUUGUUGUUGUAAGCAACGAGGAUUACAUAAAGGAGGUAUUGUCCAAAAACGGAGCUGAAUUUGCAGGAAGACCACAGACGUUCCGCUUUCACCUAAUGUUUGAACAAAGAGAGAAUGUAACGUUUGGCGAAGGAAAAAAUUGGUCAUUCUUAAAGAAAAGUGUUUUGCGCGCAAUGAAAGUUUAUAACAAUGGCCUACUGGAGUUGGAAUCUGUGACAAAUGCAGUUGGUCAAGAUUUUAUAAAAGUAAUAGAAUCUUUCGAAGGCAAGCCUUUCGAUAUAAAAGAACAGAUUAUAAGAUGUAUAACUAAUAUAAUGGCAUCUCUAAUGUUUGCUAAAAAAUUCGAUUGGAAUGAUCCCAACAUUACAAGAUAUGUUGAAGGAGAAUCUAAAGGCUACAAUGCAUCUAUAUCUCCAAAAGGCAGCAUACUAGAUAGUUUUCCAUUCUUUCAUAAAUUGAAUAUACCAUCUUCAAUUUGCAAUGAUAUAAAACAAUGCAUUGAUUCUCGACGAUCAUUUUUGGAACCAGAGUUAAGAGAACUGAUUAGAAGCUACCAACCUGAUAAGGCUCGAGGAAUUGGGGAUCUUUUAUACAAAUUUUUUUUGGAGGAUUGCAAAGCUGAAGGCAAACCUUUCAAUUUUGAUCUUUUCUUUAUUACUGUUGGUGACCUAUUUGCUGCUAGUUUUGCAACAACGUCUGAAACCAUAUAUUCAUUCAUUCUGGUAUUAUGCAAUAGAAAAGAAAUUAAACAAAAGAUUCAAAAGGAGGUUGAUGAAGUACUUGGGACAAGAAUACCGACACUUGCAGAUAAGGAGACUAUGCCCUAUCUUUCAGCAUGUAUUUUGGAAUUGCUGAGAUUCAUAAGCCACGUUCCCAUUCUUAUUCCCCACAGAGCUGUAGAAGACACAAAACUUGGCUCCUAUGACAUCCCGAAAGAUACCCACAUAUACAUUAACAAUUUUACAUACAGCCACUCAGAAAAGAUAUGGGAUGAUCCCUGGAAUUUUAUACCAGAGAGAUUUCUUUCCGAAAAUGGAGAUAUCAUUCCAGCGAAUCAUCCGAACAGAACGAAAUUUUUCCCAUUUAGUUCAGGAAAGAGACACUGUCCUGGAGAAGUUUUAGCUAAAAAUAGGAUAUUUUUAUUAUUCUGUUGGCUUGUACAAAGUUAUAAUUUUGAAUUUGCCGAAGGAUUCGAAAUUACUGAUGAUCCUAGAAUUCGAGAAUAUGGCGUUAUAUUAUCAAGUCGUCCGUUCAAAGUUGUAACAACGAAGAGACAAUCUUCUAAAUAA